CGUGGGCAACGCACUCACCGGGGUUGCUGCAACAAACUAGAGUUCUGAGUUGUACCGCACCGACGUGCGCAACGAACUCACGAGUGCUUGAGUUGUUCCCACCGACGUGAGCAACGCACUCACCGGGGUUACUGCAGUCAAACCAUGAGUAUUAGAUAACGUGCCACCGACGUGGUCAUACUCACGAGUGCCCGAGUUGUUACCACCGACGUGGUCAACGCACUCACCGGGGUUGCCGCUGCAACCUUGAGUUUUAUUUUCCUAUGUACGCCACUGACGUGACAGCGAACUCAAGAGUGUUUUCUAGAUGAUCCACCGACGUGGUCACACUCGCCGGGGUUGCUGCAGGUUAACCUGAGUUAUGAAACCGAAUUUUGCUUCAUGAAUUUAGUACCCGAUAACCACCACCGCCGGUAGUUGCAAAUAGUGUUGCUUUUGGCAAUGAAAAUUAUGACUAAGAGUCGUCAUCAACAAACCUUUAUCGCGUGAGAAAAACGAGACUGGACGCAACGUGGAUGCUGGGCAUGUGACAAUAGCAGUGAUUAAAUGCAUAGUACAAUAUAGUUGGCGAAUAAAACAAGACUAAAAAGUGUUUUACGAAAAUAAGACCGCUAAAAUGUCUCUUCAUUUUCGUUGACCUAAACUAGGCGAUAAAGACUUAUAACGUUAUUUUGUUCGACUGGAACUUCAACUGUUCCAGACAUAACAUAAAUUUUCAACCAUUUACCUUAUUUAACAAAACUACGCACUUGUAACUUCGAUAAUAUCUAAAUGGAAUUACGAUAACACUGGAAAGAGUAUGAAUGUAACUAAAACUAAUAAAAACUAAAAUGACAGCUUGACACAAGACUAGACCAACACUAGAAAGGAAACAGGCCACCAAAAACAGCUAUGGUUGCAAACGUGUGAAACCUGUCUUAACCGACGUUAGAGAGCAUCGUGUGCGCGUGAAGAUAGAACCUUGAAUUCUACCGGAUGUAGGACGUCGAGUUCUGUGUUGUACCGCACAGACGUGUGCAACGAACUCACGACUAGUGCCUGAGUUGUGCCCCAGUUGUGCGUUGACGUGGUCAACGCACUCACCGGGGUUACUGCAGUCAACCAUGAGUAAUAGAUAACGUGCCGCCGACGUGGUCAUAGUCACGAGUGCCCGAGUUGUUACCGCUGCGCUUUGGUCAACGCACUCACCGGGGUCGCCGCUGCGAACCUUGAGUUUUAUUUUUUCCAUGAUAUGCCACCAACGUGACACCGAACUCAAAGGGUGUUUUCUAGAUAAUCCACCGACGUGGUCGAACUUGCCGGGGUUGCUGCAGGUUAACCUUGAGUUAUAUAGCCGAUUUUGCUUUAUGAGUUUAGUACCUGAUAACCACCACCACCAGUAGUUGCAAAUAGUGUUGCUUUUGACACCGAAAAUUAUGACUAAAUGUCGUCAUCAACAAACCUUUAUCGCGUGAGGAAAACAAUGCUGGUCAUAUGACAAUACUAUAAUUAAAUGCGUAGUGCAAUGUUGUUGGCGAAUACGAACGAGACUGAGUGUUUUUACAAAAUAAGACUGCUAAAAUGUCUUCAUUUCCGUUGACCUAAACUAGGCGAUAAACUGUAAUAACGUUUUGUCCAAACGGAACUUCAACUGUUUAAGACAUAACAUCAAUUUUCGACCGUUUACCUUAUUUAAUAAAUCUACGCACUUGUAUCUUUGAUGAUACCUAAACGGAAUUUCAAUAUGUUGCAUAUUCUUGAAAAAAAUUGUCCAAUCCCGGGAUGCUUUUAACUGACUUCAUUUAUUAUAAAGUCGGCGUGUUUCGGUAUGGUAACUGAAGCUUAACGGAGGGAAUUGUAUCUAACGCGUGAGAGAGGAAAAUACCGUGAUCUACUUCAAGCCCCCGGGCAUAAUAGGCCCGGGGUGGCUCUCUGCCGUCUACCUAUUGAUCUCUGGCCUUUCGAGUUCGAAACCACCCGCUAGAGAGGACGUCAAGUGGGCGUGGCCUAGUGGGCGUGGCCGGGGUGACUUAAAGGCUUCGGCUCCUUCUGUGGUGGAGCAGCCUUCAAUAAGGUUUUGCUCCCCUUGUGGCUAUGUGAGGGAAAUGCAGCUUCUUAAAAUACUUAUCACAUAUCACAAGAAAGAGUAUGAACGUGUCUAAACUAAUAAAAACAAAAGUGACACCUUGACACAAAGACUAAGACUAGAAUGGAAACAGGCCGCCAAAAACAGCUGUAGUAGCAAACGUGAUAAACCUGCCUUAACCGACGUUAGAGCAUCGUGUGCGCUUGAAGGAAGAACCAUGAAUUCGACCGGAUGUAGGAUUCGUAAGCUGUGGAAGACCGCCUUCCCAGCCGUUUGAUAGACACGACCGGCAACCCUUGUUCAGCUUUUUAGAUGAAAAAUGCCUUGCAGAGAAGGUGACAUCAGCGAAAGUUAGGCCCCGUGUAGGGGAAAAAGUCUGAGUAGGAGACGUGUACGCAUUUGCGCAUAAACCCAAGAACGCAUAAACCCGAGAACGCAUAAACCCGUAAAACGCAUGAACCCGUAGAACGCAUGAACCCGUAGAACACAUGAACCCGUAGAACACAUGAACCCGCAGAACACAUGAACCCGCAGAACACAUGAACCCGUAGAACGCUGUGAGAAACACUGACUCGAGUAAUAUGUUAAAAUAAGGAUGAAAACUCCCAGAAAGAGCACACUAAUCUAUUCAAAAUAUCGAGUGAGUUGGAGUGGCCAACACACAUAAAUAAUUGUAAUACACCAAAAUUGUUAACUGACAUACAUGGCUAAACAAGCAAAUGAAAAAUUAAAUACCCCGUGUAGGGGAAAAAGUCUGAGUAAGAGACGUGUACGCAUGAACGCAUGAACCCGGGAACGCAUGAACCCGUAGAACUGUGAGAAAACACCGUCUCGAGUAAUAUGUUAAAAUAAGGAUGAAAUCUCCCAGCUCUGAGAGAGCACACUAAUCUUUUUGAGAUAUAGAGUGAGUUGGAGUGGCCUACACGCGUAAAUAAUUGUAAUAAGCCUACACCAACAUUGUUAACUGUCAUACGUAGCUAAACGAGCAAAUGAAAAAUUAAAUACCAACGCGACUGAAACUAUUAACAAUAAGACUAUAAAUAAUAAUAUAAAAUGAUACCAUAAUGUACCCGUUCUUUGUCUUUGGAUCUUUUGAAUAAAUUGAACGAUAUGUGAAUCGCAUUGCGAGCAGAGGAACGUGAGAGUUAGUGAGCAGCAGCUGAACCAAUCUAAAAGGCCCUUCGUCAAUAAAAACCUUUUAAUAAAUAAUCAGUUACCACAGUGCCUAAAACCCAUCAACUUCAUUCAUGUUAAAGUGAAGGGAAAAACCUCAGACACAAGGAGUUAACCGAACAGUGCACGGUAUAAAGAUAAUUAUGAACCUUUGAUUGCGAACGUAGAGUUCUGUGUUGUACCACACCGACGUGUGCAACGAACUCUACGAAUUCAACCGGAUGUAAAAUCCGUAUGCUGUGGAAGACCACCAUCCCAGCCGUUUUGACGCUGCUUUAUUAUCGCAAAACAUAGUUAUACGUUAACGCCGCCAUGCUUUGCCCCACAGAACGCUAGCUGCUACGAUAGCGUAAAGCUCGAACAGCGCAGACGACUCUGACCCGAGGGCGAACGUACCAGCUUCGACUGGCCAUCCCUCAGCAAACCAUUGCCCUUGGAAUAAACCCCCUAACCCAACCGAGGGAGCCGCAACCUGAAGCUGGACUGUAGAGCUGUGAGAGAAAAUACGCUGCGGGGGCUAACGCGGGGACUGCAGUAGCCAUGGUAGCAGGGCACGUGCCAGGUGCGUAGCCUGUGAAGGCGGAGGAAGCCGAGCCUGAUGGUUGCUGGAGUAGAAAAGGCGCCGUGGCGACCGACGACAGCGGGUUGGGGGCCUGGACCCGUCCGGGAGUUCCGCAUGGCGUUUCGACGGCGUCCAUCCUGGCGCCAAUGCUUUGCACCAACUCGGCGAGGGUUUGUAGAACCAGGCGGAUGUCCGUGUUGGGAACUUGUUGGUGGUGUUGUUGAGGAUACCGGGGACCGAAAAAAACGGCUUUCUGCGCUCGCUUGCCGGGACCAGAAGUAGUAGGCCGACCAGCACGAAUCCGAAGUUAUAACCUCUUGGUGUGUAUUAACCGACGUAGCAACUAAGCGACGAGAUAAUCAGAAGCACAGUAAAGCAGCAGUAUGCGUCGAACGAAGACCUGAGCAGCAAAGACAUAUGUUAGACUACUCUUUAUAGAGCAGGUGUAGGCAGGUGAUUGGUAGCUGGUGAUUGGUGAUUGGCGGCCAGCCGCGCGUGAUUUGAGUCCUCCUGGUAGAACUACCAGCAAGCUUACAUUUUUGUGCGCCAGUCAUCAACAAUGCCAGCUCAAGAUGAAGUUUUGUUAACACUCAUGAAGCUCAGACAUAACUUUGCUGUAGCUGAUUUAGCGAGGCGCUUUAAAAGAUCAGCCGGUCAGGUCAGUAAAACAAUUACGCAUUGGGUUGAUAUCCUUGCUGAGCACACCAGGGACCUCAUUCCAUGGCUGCCCAGUGACACUAUAAAAGCAACUAUGCCAAAGGUUUUUCUGCCACAUUUCUCUGAUUUAACUUGCAUCAUUGACUGCACAGAGAGUGUUCUGCAAAAAGCCAAAAACUUGGACUCGCGCUCAGAGUCUUACAGCCAUUACUAUGCAAGUAACACUGUUAAGUACCUUGUUGCCAUUGCUCCAUCAGGGAUGCUGAUGUUUAUUUCAGAGGCUUUUGGUGGGAAGUGUAGUGACAGGUAUAUUACACAGAACUCAGGGUUUCUUGAUUUUUUACGUCCUGGUGAUGUGGUGAUGGGGGACCGUGGGUUCACAAUUAGAGAUCUUGUUGAGGAGAGGAGGGUAAGGCUAGUCAUACCUGCGUUUACACGCAAACGCAGCCAGCUAACCAAUGAGCAAGUGACUCAGAUGAGACGGAUAGCAAAUGUACGCAUUCAUGUGGAACGGGCUAUAAGGCGUCUCAAAGUGUUCAAGAUCCUGUCACAAACCGUGCCAAUAAGCUUAGUUCCUAAAAUGGAUAAAAUACUUCAGAUUUGUGCAGCUCUCAUAAAUCUGAGAGGAGAGCUUAUCUCCAGCAAUUAAUAUCUUACAUAUUAUUAAACAACAUCUUGUAUAUUUAUGAAUUACAUUUAUUUAUUCCUAUUUUUUUUAUUUAUUUUUUUAUGCAUACACAUUUAUUUAUAGAGAGAAACAUACAUACAUAGAUGCAUAUAUAUAUAUUGUACAGAGAUAGAUGCAGAGAGAUACACACACAGAUUCAUACAUAUUAUUAAGAUGGAUACAGAGAACAGUGUAGAUACUUUAUAAAUUUAGAAAAAAUAGACAGGAUAAUUCUAGAGAUAAUUACAUAUAUACAAAGAUGAAAAAGGUCACUUCUGAAUCACAUUCAUCACAUUGUUGAAAUGGGGUUAAUGUCAUAUUCUUUUUUUCUUUUUACAAUAGAACACAAAAAAUGUAUUUGUACAUAUAUUAUAU